AUGUUGCUCAAACCCGGAAACAAGAUUCUCUCGCCGGAGAGGAGUCAUCAUUUUGACUCAGCCUCAAGCUCAUCAAACCAUAAAUCUCAACAACAACAACAAUCACGCAAAGAUAUGAAGAAGCAAUAUGAUGAUCAAAAGACUAAGAAAAUGGAAGAACAUCUAAUCAAAACAGCCAUGAGCUCACGAAGUAACAGCAUCGAAAGCACAUCAUCUAAUAAUCAUUCUAAGCCUCACACUGGAGGAGAUGUUAGGUGGGACGCAGUGAAUUCUCUUAAAUCGAGAGGAAUCAAGCUCGGGAUCGGCGAUUUCCGCGUUUUGAAACGGUUAGGUUACGGAGAUAUCGGAAGUGUUUAUCUCGUUGAGCUCAAAGGAGCAAACAAGACGACGUAUUUCGCGAUGAAAGUGAUGGAUAAGGCUUCUCUUGUGAGCAGGAACAAGCUUUUGAGAGCUCAAACGGAGAGAGAGAUCUUGUCUCAGCUUGAUCACCCUUUCUUGCCUACUCUUUACUCUCAUUUCGAGACUGAUAAAUUCUAUUGCUUGGUUAUGGAGUUUUGUAGCGGUGGCAACCUUUAUUCCUUGAGACAGAAGCAACCCAACAAGUGUUUCACUGAAGAUGCUGCAAGGUUCUUUGCAUCAGAAGUGUUAUUAGCAUUAGAGUACUUACACAUGCUCGGAAUCGUAUAUCGCGAUCUAAAGCCAGAGAACGUUCUUGUCCGAGGCGACGGUCACAUUAUGCUCUCCGACUUCGAUUUAUCCCUCCGUUGUUCAGUCAACCCAACACUCGUCAAAUCUUCCUCCGUCCACGUCAACGGCGGCGCAACCACCACCACCGGAAUCAUCGACGACGACGCGGCGGUCCAAGGAUGUUACCAACCAUCAUCAUUCUUCCCAAGAAUCCUCCAAUCUUCCAAGAAAACCCGAAAAUCAAAAUCCGAUAUCGACGGAUCAUUACCAGAACUCAUGGCAGAGCCGACAAACGUGAAGUCAAUGUCUUUUGUCGGAACACACGAGUAUUUAGCUCCGGAGAUUAUCCGAAACGAAGGUCACGGAAGCGCCGUGGAUUGGUGGACGUUCGGGAUCUUCAUCUACGAGCUACUCCAUGGAGCGACGCCGUUUAAAGGACAAGGAAACAAAGCUACACUUUACAACGUCGUCGGACAACCUCUGAGAUUCCCGGAGAAUUCUCAGGUGAGUUCGACGGCGAAAGAUUUGAUCAAAGGAUUGUUGGUGAAAGAGCCGCAAAAGAGAAUCGCGUAUAAGCGAGGAGCGACGGAGAUCAAGCAACAUCCAUUCUUCGAAGGUGUGAAUUGGGCCUUGAUUCGUGGUGAAACGCCGCCUCAUAUGCCGGAGCCGGUGGAUUUCUUGUGCUAUGUGAGGAAAGAGGAGGAGUCUUUGCCGGUGCAACGUUGA